AUGCCGAAACGCAAAGCCCCGGCCGCGGCCGCGGUCGAGGUCAAGCCCGAACCCGACGUCAAGCCCGAGCUCGAGGUGCGCGCGACGGCUUCCGUUCGAUCGAUCGGUUGUUGCCCUAGCCAGCCAGAUCCGAUCGAUCGGUUCCUCGAUCUCGACGCCCACCCCUUAUCAUACGCGUCGACGCUCACGCUCGCCACUUCGCGCGCUCGCGUCCCUCCCGCCGCCGCGCAGGACGCCCACGAGGCCCCGCCGACGGGCUCGGAGCAGGUGGAGUCCGCGCUCCGAGACUUCCUCGCGUCGAAGAAGCAGUCGAUGACGCACCUGCCGCGCCUGCUCUCGCUCCUGGACCCGCUGAACCUGCGCGCGGGCGCGAUCAAGGGGAAGUACAACACCGCGCCCAAGUGGAGCGACGAGAACACGACGCCGCAGCAGCUGCGCGCGCACUGGCGCGCGCAGUGCGCGGCGAUCACGAAGACGAAGGAGGACGCGCUCCCCGAUGCCCUCUCCGACGCGUUGCGGCGGUUCCAUUGGCCCGCGUCGUUGGACACCGCGCGCGCGGAAUCGCUCUCCUGGCUCGUGAAGGUGCCCGCGUUCGUCACGAGGGCGUGGAGAGCGACCGCGGAGGCGCUCGCGAACGCGGACGAGAUCGACGACGUCGACGCGAUGGACGCGGAGGGAGGGGCGGAGGGGAAGGAUGGGGGGGGGGACGACGGCGACGCGCUCGGAGAGAUGAAGAUCGCGGUUGAUCCGUUCGCGCCGCCGGAGAAGCGGCAGCGGCACUUCCUGACGCUGUCGAACCGCGUGUCGGAGACGCACAGGGUCCCCGCGGCGUACGACAUGUUGAUCAACCCGGAGGAGCAGCCGAUACACGUCUUCUCGGGCGCGCGGGAGGACACGGCGGCGGCGGCGGCGGCGGCGGCGGCGGCGACGGCGCGCGCCUGCGCCGUCGCCGCCGCGUCCGGGAUCCCCGGCCCCGUCGUCGAGCUCCCUCGCGACGACUUCAUCUUAGAGGGCACAGUCUCCGAGAAGUUCGACGUGCGCCCCGCGGACGUGGACGACAGCUUAUAUCGCGAGGUGAGCGCGCGACGCAUCGCGGAGGCGACGCGAAAGACCCGCGUCGUGCAGGCGUCCAAGGGCCCCUCGCGAGUCGCGCCUCUCCCGACGGCUCGGAACAUCGUCAAGAGGGAGGACGGGAAGGAGGACACGAGAGAGCGCGCGGAGAGGAUGGAGCGGGGCGCGCUGGAGGACAAGCUCAUGGGUCUGUACGAGCGGCGGAGCUUGUGGUCGUUUAAGCAGCUCAAGGAGGAGACGCGGCAGCCGGCGAUGUUUUUGAAGGAGACGUUGGACGGGCUCGCGACGUUGAAUCGCCGCGGGCCGAACGUGGGGAUGUACUCUCUGAAGGACAUGUACAAGAGGAGAGGCGCGGGAGGGGUGGGGGAGGGCGGCGGCGGCGCGGGGGGAACCUCUUAG